UUGACGCCAGUCGCCAACAUUACGCCAUUUUGUACAUUUAGGAAGAGUUUGUGAUAGUGGAAUAUUUAAUUUUUUUAUAAUAAAAUCUGACAAAUGGCUAUACAUAUAAAUAAUAUGCAUUUCAUACAAGUAGUUUAUUGGUCAAAACUCUGUAAAUAGACUAAAAGUGUAGUCUAAGUAUGUAAAUUAGUGGCAUAGUUUACCGGUAUAAACUAAUAAUUUUAUUAAUUUUAUCUUUUUAAUUUCUUUAAUUUGUGUUCAACAUUAAACGGAUCAUUUUAACUGCAUGAUCAUGUAUACGGGAACGACUACCGAGCAGGACAACCGUUUCAGCGAUAAGGAGAAGAAACUUCUCAAGCAGAUGAGGUUCAGCGAUUGUUUAAGUCAACGGGUGGAUAUGUCCAAAAUUAAAUUGGAUGUUAUUAAGCCGUGGAUACAGGAUAAGCUCACUGAGAUGCUUAAAAUUGAUGAUGACGUUGUUGUAGAUUUUGUAUAUAAUCAGUUAGAAGAGAAGUAUCCAGACCCCAAGAAAAUACAAAUCAACCUUACUGGGUUCUUGAAUGGAAAAAAUGCUAGAGAGUUCAUGGCUGAAUUGUGGGCCCUUCUUAUAUCGGCUCAAGAAAAUCCCACCGGAAUUCCUGAUUCUUUGAUAGACUUAAAGAGAGAAGAACUGGCAAAGAAAAAAGAAAAAGAAGAUAAGGAGCGGGAGAUCAGGGAGAGAGAACGUGAACGCGACAGAGAAAAGGAGCGGGAACGGGACAAAUCGGAUAAGGAAAGGAAGUAUCGGGAUCGCGAUCGGUCAAGAUCUAGACGGUCCAGGUCCAGGUCGAGGCAACGGAAGCGAUCACGGGAGCGAUCGAGCCGGAACAACGACAAGAACAAGGACCGGGACAAGAAAUCGAGGAGUCGGGACAGGAAAUCCAGGAGCAGGGACCGUAAGUCAAGAAGUAGGGACAGGAAGUCGAGGAGCAGAGACAAGAGGUCCAGGAGCAGGGAUAGGAAAUCUAGGAGCAGGGACAGGAAGUCCAAGAGUAGGGACCGGAAGUCCAGGAGCAGAGACAAGAAGUCGAAGAGCCCUGAUAGGAAAUCGGGGAGUCCGGAGAGGGAGUCGAGGAGCAGGUCUAGGUCAAGGUCUGCAGGUAAAGGUGAGGAAAUUAGGAACAACGGCAACAUCAGCCCUGAGGAGAAGAAUGGAAGAGAGAGUUCCGAGAGGCUGGAAAAUGAUAGUGGGAACGUUAGGCAUAAUACAAUCUCCACCCCAGCCCUUCCGGUUUCGAAGCUCCAAGCGAAGCUGAUGUCCCUGGCGGAGAACAGCAAGCCCUCCCGCUCCCAUUCCAGAUCGAGAAGCAGGUCCAAGUCCCACAGCCGCCCUAGGACCAAGUCCAGGUCAAAGUCUCGUUCGAAGUCGAGGUCGUCGAGUCCAUCGCUGAAAGGCCGCAGGUCGAGGUCUCUCUCCAAGGACGGCAAGGUCAAGAGGAGGUCCCGUUCCAGCUCCGUCGGAUCAAAGGAGAACUUCGAGAUACGCAAGAAGGAGGACAGCGUGCAGAAGAAGAGACACUACAGGUCCAACAAGGAUAGCUCGGACAGCGAGGGAGACGGCGACAAGAAGAGGAAGCGGUCUCGUUCCAAGUCCCCGAGGAAGAGGAAGGAGGACGCCGGUAGCCCGAGGGCUAAGCGCAGGAGCAGCUCCAGGAAGAGGUCUGCUAGUAGAAAGAGGAGUACAUCUAGAAGACGUAGUCCUUCGAGGACCAAGAGGAGCGUAAGUAGAGGAAGAAGAAGGAGCGUGUCAAGACGGCCUAGCCCAAGAAGAGGCGCAGGUGGAAGAAGAAGCUACAGCCGCCGGAGCAACAGCAGAAACAGGGGAAGAAGGGGGAGCAGCAGGGCCAGGAGAAGUCCGAGGAGGAGGUCCCGCAGCCCCAGCAGGAACCGGAGAUUCAGGCGCAGCAGGAGCAGAAACAGGCCGUACAGGAGACCUUCGCCUAUGAGAAGGAUAUCGAGGGAAAGGGACAGGCGUUCUAGGUCGAGGAGACGGUCCAGGGACAGAGGAAGCAUCAGGAGGAGAUCUCCCGUCAGGGAGAAGUCCAGGGAGAGACCGAGGAAACCGAGCCCCAGCCCGCAGAAACGUGAGGACAGGAGGGACCACCAAGCAGAGUCGAGAGGCGCUAGGGGACCGCCUAUGAAGAAGGAGGAGAGGAACAUGGAGCCCCCACCCAAGAAGGUGGAAGAAGCCAAGAGGAAGAUCGAAGAGGAGAUACACAGGCACGAGAAGAGGGAACGCGAGGAGAUGGAAAGGAUGAAGAGGAAGAGCAAUCUCUCCGAGAGCUCGACGGGCGAGGCCAAGAUCAGGGAGAAGGAGAAGGAACGGAAAAAGUCCAGAUCCAGGAGCAUUAGCCCGGAGGAUACCCACCCAAUUCCGCCGCACGGACCUCCCAGGUACUCCAGGAGUUUGUCGAGAACCCCAUCGCCGUUCAUCAAGGCGAAUGAGUUCCCGCCUAAGGCCAAGGCGCCCGUUAGUAGUAGGGAGGACAGGAAAAAGUCGCACAAGGAAAAAUCCGAAGGUAAGGUUAAAAAGGUUGUUAGGAAACCAGCAAAGAGUGAUUCCGAAUCAAACUCGAGUGACUCGGAGAGUGAAGACGACAAAUUAGUAAAGGAGAAGCGGAAAGUGAAAACGAAAAAGAAGACGAAAAAGCGCGAUUCUAGUUCUAGUGACAGUGAGGACGAACGGUCUUCUAGGGGGAGGAAAGACAAAGGUAGCAGCGCUGAACCCGAAAGCAAACCGAAAAAGUCGAAAGAAAAGAAACGAAGGGACAGCAGCGAGGAGAAAGUAUCCAAAAAGAGACAUCAGAGUUCCGACUCUGAAGACGAGAAAAAGACGAAAAAGAAACGUCGAUCCGCUAGUUCGGACAAAGGUAAGAAGUCUAAGAAGGGAGACUCGAGUGACAGUGACGUGCCUAAGAGGAGUAAAAAGAGGGACGACAGUUCGGACGAUUCGGAUAGGAAAUCUAAGAAACAUAAGAGGGACAGUUCCUCGGAGAGUGACGAGGAUACCACGAAAAAACGUAAGCAUAGGAAGAAGGUCGCUAAGUCCGGCAGCGAUUCUGACGAAGAAGUGGAUACCAAGAGGAGGAAGAAGGACAAGAAACAUAAGAAGAAGAAGAAGCACUCGAAGAAGCAUAAGAAACACAAGAAGAAGAAGCAGGAGAGCGAGGAUUCCGACAACACCGACACGGAGGUCAUAAACGAGGACGAAAAGAAGUUGAGAGAGAAAGCUCUCAAGUCUAUGAAGCGGCAGAACUCUAGCGACAAGUCCGAUUGAUUGAAACGGGAGGUCUACUUAUCAAGUUGAAAGUAAUUUUUUGGGUUGGAUAGUUAAAUGUUAAUUAAUAUUAUUUGAAUUUAUUAAUUAUGCGUGACCCUAUGUAUCGUUUUCUUUGUAUUCAUUCCGUGCAUUGAUGUCUUAAUAAACGUUCAAUAUGAAUGUGAA